CGCGAAGCCUUUGUUCUCAUUUUCUCACCACCAAUAUCGGGGACAUAAACACUGACGUCAAUUACUGUCUACCAACUUUGGCUAGCAUCCAGCUCUCACCACAAUAUCUUCAAUAUCUCUGGUAUUUGCAUUGAAUGUCCACUUUUUAUUUAAUGAGGAACUAUAUAGACAAAUCGACGGUGUGGCAAUGGGGUGACCGCUGGGACACAUUCUAACCGAAAUUUUCCUUGUGAAACUAGAAAAUGGGCCUUUGAAGGAUGUUAUUAAUGAACUCGAAUUUUAUUGUCGAUAGAUGGGUGAUAAUUUUUUGAUUAUGAAGAACGAAAAGGAGGCAAAGGACAUCCUGGAUAAAUUUAAUGAGGUACAUCCUGCAAUAAAUUUUACUAUUGAGAAAGAAAAGGAAUCUAGUAUUUCAUUUUUAGACGUCCUUAUGACCAGAAAAGAGGAUAGCACAAUAAGAAGAAGAAGUGUUUAUAGAAAACCUACAUCAACGGGCCAGUACACACAUUUUCUCAGCUUUGUGCCCUUGAAAUACAAACGCAAUCUAAUAAAGUGCUUGGUCAACAGAGUAAGAGAGAUUUGCUCGGAUGAAUGUCUUGACGAGGAGCUUAACAAUAUUAAACGGUUGCUAAGUGAGAAUGGUUAUCCCGAAAAGUUUAUUGAUAAGAAUAUGAAUCUAAAGCCAAAACAGUCCAAGUUACCAACAGUUCCAAAGAAAGCCUCGUUCUUACAGAUGCAGUUCCUAGGAGACAACACAAUUGAGAUACUAACACAUCGCCUCAGAAAUGCAGUAAAAAGAGCAUUCCCUGCUGCUCAAUUACGCUGUAUCUUCACAACCACUCCUCUUCUGCGUUCGGGAAUAAAAGACAAACUGCCUAAUUUCGCCUCUUCCAUGUGUAUAUACCAAUUUAACUGCUCCUGUGGAGCCAGUUACAUAGGCCGUACAAUUAGGCGUGUUUCUCGUCGAAUUUCCGAACAUCACCCUGCCUGGUUAAGCAAAGGUCAAACAAAAUCUAUUCGCAGUGCUAUUCUGGCGCAUCUUGUGGAGACAGAACACAAGAUUGACGUUAAUCAUGCUUUCAGGGUCAUUUACUGCAUACCUACGAAUCUCAAUUUUGCUUUAAGAGUUCGACUUCUAAAUAUUGCUGAGGCUGUGGGGAUUCAUAUUAAUAAGCCUAAUUUAUGCACCCAAAAGAAGUUAGUUCAGUCAUUAUCAUUACCUUGGCCAUUCAGGUUUGAAUAAUCCAGAAAUUUUGUGAUAUUUCCCUAAUUUUAGUUGAUAUUCUAUUCGCUGUUAUAACUUUAUUAUUAUUAUGAUUAUUAUUAUUAUUAUUUAAGCAUCUUUAAUGAACAGCAAUAGCAUUGAUCAUACUUUACAAAUCGAUAUUAUUUAAAAAACGCUAAUAUUGUUAUUGAC